UCACGAGAAAUAGGCGGGGGUCCAGUUGGUGAAGGCCUGCCGACACAGUGGACACUCGCGCGGCUGCAUGGUCUGAGCACAUUGAAGGCAGAUGCAGAAGUGGCCGCACGGCUGCAGCACCACCGACCGCUCCCUCUCCUGGCACACUUGACACUCGGUCGCCUCCGCUCUCGCCCUCUGGUUGCUCUGCUGCAUCUGCUGCCGCAUUUCUUGACGAAGCUCGGCCUCACCCCUCUCGCGUGCCCUCUGCUGAGCCCGCCGCUCGAGUGACUGCAGCUGCGAUUGCUCGUCGCUGAGUGCCGUCUGGCGAUCCGCUAGCUGCAUAGCAAAGCCGCUUAGCUCGUCUGCAGUGGUCAGUCCAUUGAAGGUCUCGGUCAACCUGAAUGACUCACACAUCACAUCAAAGGACAUGCACUGGUGUUGCCCGCCUCUGUGGUUGGGUGCUGACCUGUGGAUGUGGUUGCUCCGUAGCUGAUCUAUGUCGGCCUGCAACGCACGAUUGGCCUCACCAGCGCUGACAGACACAAAGGGAGAUGAACGUCAUGGCGCUCUGUCGGAGUGUGCGUUGGCCGCCUGUCGGUUACGUACCUGGCAUUCUCCUCCCUAAGCGAUGCGACCUCCUGUCUGAGUGACGCCUCCCUCUCCCCAGCAGCACUGACGGACAAGGACGCGAACAGCACACACACAGAGUGAGGCCCACUCAUUGUGUAGUGGGUGAAUGAGUGCCGUCUGGCUGACCUCUUGUAUCUCUCGAAGUGGUGCUGCAGCUGGCGUACUUCGGCCUCCUUCUGCUCACGGGCAGACCUCUCGCGAUCGAUGUCACUGAGAGCACAUCAUAGGCGGUGAGGCGCACGUGGCCGUGUGUGCUUCCCAUGUGUACCUACAUACCUGGUGAGCCGCUGGCGCUGUUGCGUAAGCUGCUGACAAUAGACCUCAUUGGCUUUCUGCAUGUCAACCUGGAGCCGCUCGUUGGCCGCCAGAGUGUCGUUGACGGUCUGCUCCCCGGCCACCUGGGCCUCACGCAACCUACACACAACACAUGGUUGAUGUGUGUAGGUGAUGUGUUGGUGUGUGUACCGUUCGCUCUCCUGCCGAGCGGCGAGAGUCUCUUGACGGGCGGCGUGAGUCUCCUGCUGGGCAGCAUGAAGCUGUUGCUGAGCUGCCAUAUCCCGCUCCAUCAACGCACGCCUGCAACAAAUGAGACAAACGAGUGUGUCCUUCUCUGCCCCUCCCUGCCUCCCUCUCUCACUGCAAUGCUUCGAUCUGCUGGUCUUUGCGCGCCAGCUCAGCAGCAAACCUGACAGCGAGCGGCACUGAGACACCGUGGACACCCUGCCUUAAGCUGCCUCUCACCUGGCCCGCAUCGCCUCAGUCUCCCCUCCACCACUCACACGCCCGUCGUCACCGCCCGCCGCCCCUCCAUCGGUCUCUCCAGCCCCCUGACCAGCCAGACGCUCAUCGCCACCGCCACCAUGCUCAGUCACACCAUCAAGCAACAGCAGGUCAUCCAACUCAUGCCCGCCAUCGGGCAAAAGUGGAUCCAGAGACUUACUGACAGCGCUCGCGGCAGCAGCGGCAGCUGGGCCAUGAAGGGGGCUGUUGGAUGGUUCGCUGUCCACGAGCUCGAGACCACUAUCAGCCUCUCCCUCCCCCUCACGCACAGAUGGGCGGCCGUCUUCCGCAAUGGAUGGUGCUGCUGCGACCAAUGGGGGAGGGCUGGCCGAUGCGGCAGGGAUAGCCUGUGGCUUCUUGUUCUUGUGCCGUUUUUUCUUCUUGGCCUUCUUGCCGCCCUCGCCCCCCUGCUGCCCGCCCCCACCAUGCUGCGGCUGGUCCUCCUCGCUUGAGAACUGCACGUCGAGCUCUCUCAGGAGGUCCUUCUCAUUCUUGCGCGCCGUCGCCUCCCUGGCUGCCAUGGCGGAACUGACGGCCUCGUCGGUCGUCUUGUCGGCUUGGCGCUCCAUGCGCCGCUGCUCCCGAGCCUUCUCCUUCUUCCUGCUCUCGAGCCUCUCACGCAGCUCCUCGCGGACGAAGUCACAGAGGCUCUUGGGCUGGUCCUCCACGAGGGGCUCCUCGCCGGUGACCAUCUUAUGAAGCGCAUCUGAUACAAAGGCGGAGCUGAAUGUAUGUCAGAUUUGGUCAGGCAGAGCGGUACGCGCCUGGUAAUGCUAUUCGUACCGAUCUCUCUGACCACUUCUGCUCUUGCCGCUGUGUUUUUGCUGAUUUGCUCGAUGAGGCACGUGAUCUGGCUGUCGACGUUCCCCUUGUCGGCCUUGGACGCGGUGGCCUUGGCCCUCUGCACCCUGAGGUUGUUUAGCUUGGUCUGCAGCGUCACCCGCAGCUUCUCGAUCACCUCAAGCUGCUUGCGCUUCUCGUGCAAAUCCUGAACACAACACUGACAACCACACAGUGACGGCUCCAGACUAUCCGCAAGACGUGAUCUCGUGUACCGCUAUCUGCGCCCUGUGCCUCUCCUGCUGACUGAUAGCGGCCGCCAUCUGCGCCAUGUGCCUCUCCACCUGACUGAUAGCGGGGUCCUUCUGGUACACCAGCCUGGUGGCCUCUGACAUAACACAACGAAGGAGAAAAUACAGAUGUGUGUCCCUGCCCUCUUCCCUUGCUCAGCUCACUCACCAGUGAGGGCGGCACGUAAUGCAUCGACAUCCUCCUGAGUGAUGUUGUUGAUGGCAGAGCAGUCCUUGAGAGCCUCGAGCUGCGCAACACACUGCCGAUACGCGAACAGUUCAAGCUCGGUCACAGAGAAGGGGUUCUGGAAGCACUUUGCUGAGUCGGGGCCGCGGUUGUGUGACAUGCUGUCCCAGUACAGCUGCAGCAAUAGGAACCCCCUGUUCAUGACCGUCUGCACCCAUGUGGAGGGGGCGAGGGGGUUGUAAGACCGCACGAGGGCACAGCACAGGUGCUUUGGGAGACGCGACGAAGAGUCCUGCUCAUAGCGCGUCUCGAGCACGGACGGGAGACCUAAACAGGAGGCAGGCAAGCGGGCAGAGAGACGGGGUGGCGGUAGUCUAGCUAGUUGGCUCACCUGUCACGAUGACUGGCUGUUUGUAGGCGUAAUUCUCAUUGAUUCCUCCAACGUAUUCGAAUUCGAUGAGCGGAAGGAAGACAUCGAAUGCGAAAAGAGGACAUCGACGAGAGGAGACAUCGACGAGAGGAACGCCUGCAGGGGUCCACACGCACAAGCGCAUAGUCGCACAAGCUGACAUGCCCUCUCUGCGCAUUCACGUACUUAUGAGGUCCAGAACGAAUGGUGGCUCGCUUCUGAUCUCCGUCUCCUUGGCUCGCAGCCUCUCCUCCCUCCUCUGCCGCUCCGCCGCCCGUCGGUCCUCCUCAGCUGCGUCAGCUGCUGGCGGCAGGCGGGCGUCAUCGGCCGCCCACUGACGGUCUUUGACCUCAUGCGCGGCUCGCAGCUCACUCUCACGCUCAGCAUCGGCCCUGUCGACAGCCCCCUGCACCAAUGACGCAAAGUCACCACUCGACAGGAACUGCUGGCUGAUGAGCUUGCCCAGCGGGACGCGUGCUGAGGAACAAACAGGUGUGGAGCAGACGCAUCUGAUCGAUCCACAUCGCUUCUGCACUUCGCGUACAUGACAGAGAGAGCCUUGCGAGUGUGAGGUCCUCUAAUGCGAGUCGAAGGAGGGACACAACGGUGUUUGCGGUGACAGGCAGACCUAGGCUCCUGAAGGGACACACGGCCAGCUGCAUACUCGCUCGCAGACACACGAGUUUGUGUGACCUACUUGAGACUGCGUCGAUUGGGAUUGGUCUUGAGGGCAGCCGUCGCGGCGGACACGACUGUGUCCUCAACGAUGGGCAGCGGAAACUCGCCAACCGGGAAGAAAGACAGAUGGAUGUCCCUGCACACAAUGGUCCCGAAGAGGCGUUCCAUCGAACCCUGCGGACCAGAGAGAUGCCAACAGAGAAGGCUAUCAGCAAGGCUGUCUCAGUGUGGUUAGUGCUAUUUCAGACCUUCAGUUGGUCGUAUCGAUAGGUUUCGCCCUCAGACUUGGUCAAGACCAUAUCGGACAGACUUAGAGUUUCAAACGACCUACCACAGAGGCCCUGCAAGCGAUACGCCACAUACAAGUACAGCCCAGUCUGUCAAAUGGAUUCGGCGGCCGACCUCGAGCAAGGUUAGAUAGGGAUUGAACAACAUACGACAUAGAGAGAGUGCCAUUCGCCUGCACACACGCAUCACAUGUCAUCAGUGAAUGCCUCGGUUUCCCAUUCUCCGCCGUGAAGUCAUACCUCAGUGUCGUGAAGGGCGGUUCUUUCUUGUCGUGCCCUGUGUCGGCCGUCCGCCCCGCCUCUGUCCUCCCCUUUGUUUCCUCCGCUGAGUCUGCCGGCACGACAGUGGACGAUGUGCUGGGAAUGCGAGUGACGUCACGCGAUGAUGACGGUGGAGGGGAGGGACUGGUGCCGCUGCUGCCCUUGCCGUAUCCUUCUGGCCGGGCCUUGAGCAAGGCACUCAACCGGUCGGCGAAGGCACGGCUCAGGCUUACGCCCUCUAGGCGCAGCGAGGCAAGUGAGGGCAGGCGACCGAUGGCAUUGACGAGUUGGGCGCACUCCCCAUCAGGCAGGCAAGUCAAAUCCGCACCUGAGCGCCACACAUACCUUGACAAUCAGCGACAGCGUGCGCGCUCUCUUAUGACCGCCUUACCUGCCACAGUGAGUGCCGUGAGUCUCUCUGCCCUCUGGAGGAAGCCGAUGAGGUCGCUGACGUCAUCGGCGGUCGGUGAGCACUCCCAGCGGAUCGACAAUGUCAACAUCAUGUAGGGUGAAUACCUGAUUGCAGGGAGGAAGCCGCGAACAUGAGUGAAUUGCUGUCCGUCAUCUCUUCCCAUCAACAUACCUCGCCAGUGUCGCCACCAGCCGAUUUUGCCUGCUCACUGAGAUCAAUGCAAAUGGCGCUAGCAGCUCGCGAUUGGCAUACGAUGAGAUGCGGUCAGUCGAGCGGACGGGACACAACCUAAUACCAGCCAGCACACAGUGGCCACGGGGUGUAUUUGCAUCUGUAUGUGUGUGAAUGACUCUUUACGCGUGUAGCAGACUUCGACAUGAGAGCACGAGCAUAGCGAGGUCUUUGGAGGAGAAGUAGUAGAGCCCACCAAGCUGGUAGAUGGUGUGGAGGAUUCUCUUGUCCGACAAACACCGCACCAGCCGAUUCUGACAGACACACAGCACAAGCGUGAGGGGUCGGUCACACAUGGUCGCUCUCUACCCACCUGCUUGUUCUGCCGUUGUGCAGCCUCUCUGUGGGGGUCGCCUUGCGAUGAGACCCACCGAUCGAUCGCCUCCUACACGGAUCACACACACACACAAACACACACACAGUGGCGAGCAGUGAUCGAUCGGUCUACAUGAUGGUCAGACCUUGCGGCGGCGAUACUUGGCGAAGAAAUCCAAAAUCUGCAACCAUAGGUGCACGGUGCACAGACCUGUGGGCGUGCGUGUUGGUGGCACUUCAUUCACCUCCUGUAUGAGACUGUCUUGUGAGGCCGCCGUGGGGGGCCCGGACAGGGCAGAGAUGUCCACCUGCAAAAUGAAGGGCAUCACACACAGCAAGAGACGCAUACAGGUGACCGAGGACUCGGUCAUCGGCCCUUCCGGACCUGCAGAAUCCGUUCGACGAUCGGGUUGUCUUUGGCCUUGCCACUCAUCAGCUGCCGAUCACAGCAGCUGCACAUAUGAAGGCAAUUCACUCGGUGCACUAAAGAGAUGAAGGACAGACGCACCUGGCAAGGCUGUCCAGGACGCCAAUUGCCAUGCCGAUGCUGCUGCCAUCGGGGGCGGCGGAUGCAGCGUCACUCGUCGCGACCGUCGACAGCAGAGAGCACAUCACCUCGGACAGGCCCUCGCACGAAGCAUACUGAAGUUGAGUGAAAACAGGAGUGCCGAGUGCUCAUACAUGCGCGUCGCAUCCACUCUGACUGACCGAAUUACGAGCAAGUAUGAGAUUGAGCAGAUGAACCGAAGCCGUCACGACACCUUGUCCGUGGCGGCCAUCCUUGGUCAGUCUGUCGCUCUGCAGGAUGCUCACAGCCGCCGAGAGGAAGCCCGCCUGCGCAAGACGCUCGCAGUAGCCACAUUCUGAGGAAACACAGACGCACACGAGAUAUCAAUGUGCGCACACGAGAUAUCAAUGUGCGGCAUGGACCGUGCACCAUUACUCACCAGCCAUUGCCAAUGGAACACUCAGAUAGAUCCAGACGAUGAAAGCCGGCCACUGAGCGGUGGCGUGGUCCUUCAGCAAUGUGGCUAUCUUGCCCAGGGCAGCGGAGCUCGCUGACACACUAUAGCAUAUGGACGCCAACACACCUGCAUCAGCACACGCCUACACACGCUCGUACAGCGGCAUCCACAUGUCCCCCACCUAGCUCAGAGGGGAAGCGGAGGGCGUCUCUGAAGAUGAUGCCUAUCAGCUCGUAUGCCCUCCACACAAUCACCUGAUCACUGCUGAUGACCAGGGUCUCGACGAGCGCAUCGAUGUGGCAGAACAUGUGCUGCUGAAACGCCCCCAGCGCCUCAGCCGUCACUGAAUUACACACAUAACACACACAGAUUCACUUAAACACGACAGCCCUCUUUUCCGGUUCAUCAUGUGAUCACCUGGGAUUCUUUUGAGAACCACUGCCACAUCUACCCCGAAUUUCUGGUCCGAUAGUGUCAGCCUCUUCACCCUUUCCUCCACCAAGACACCAAACAGCGGCAGCCACUCCACACCAAAGGGAUACCCAGCCUGACAAAGCCAUUUGAGGAAGCGCGUCGCCGCAGUCUGAUGCUCUAUGUCGCGGCUGCUGUCCUUGAAAAUGGAAACAAUGCAGCCGGCGAGGCCUCCCUGACCCUGCUGUCGAUGCGCCUUGUCCUUUUUGGCCAGUGAGCGCACGAGGCCCUCGACUGAUGGAUCGUCGUUGGGCAGGCGGGGCGCUUCCGUGACUUUCUCCACAUGGCUCGCGAAGGGGCCGAUAUCACCAGCCAGCAGAGCAUCGGCAGCGAGGGACAUGAUGGCAACAACGUCAGAGCCGGACGUCUGGCCCUGCUGCCCGUUGGCCGUGACUUGUUGGUUGGAUGUGAUGGGGGAGGGGGGGGAGGGAGGGUAUGGACGAGAGGAACCCGCUGGUUGCCGAUUCGCUGAUGCAGCCGCUGCGGCGAUUGCGAUUGACGAUGGGUUGGUGGAGCGAGUGGGGUUGGCGGCCUGCUCCUGUUGGGCACAUGCGAAGAUGUCGAACGCAGUGAGGGGCUGACGGCUGCCGUCCUGACAAUCACACCCACACCUCACACACAUGCACACCCCUCCCUCGUGUCUGUCUGUCUGUACCGAUGUGGCGUCCAGAGUGAUGUCAUCCUCUCCAGGCACACCGCCGUGCCCCGCCCCUCCCAUCAGCCCUGAUCCGUCUUUCUGCUGCUGCAUGGUGAUGCCCACAGCUGAUGCGUUGCCUGCUGGUGAGUGGGUGGCGGUGAGAUGCAUGGAGUGGGCGCGGGAGACGGAUGGCUGCGGCUGCUGCUGAUUCUGAUGGGUGUCGACGCCCUCACUAGGGAUCGGCGGACGCUGGAUGCCGAUGGGUGGGGAGCCCACGGGGACCUGCUGUAGGAGCAACUGAGACCCGUUGUCGCUGUUAGUCGCAGGGGUGCGCUCUCUGUGGGGAGAUGUUGCUAGCGGGGCAGACGAGCUACCAUCUAGACGGCCACAGACAGGGCCCCUGUUGCUCCCGGACGACUCAUCGCCACUCAUACACACAUCCUGCUGCUGUGGCUGCUCCCGCUGGCUGGCAUCUCCUUUGUCGGGCCUGCUGCUGUCUGCCGUCGGGCUGCCGGCAGAUAGCGCUUCGGUGGUGGCUUCCGCGGACAU